AUGCCAUCAAUUCGACUUGAUAAAUCUUCGUGGCAUCAUAUUAAAGCGUUGCAGUUAGCAGACCCAAAUUGUCACAAACCUGGUCCAGUCGAUCUUCUUAUAGGUGCGGAGUGCUUUGCUUCGCUUCUGUUGCCGGGAUCAAUUAAAGGUGACUCCAAUCAACCGUCAGCUCUUAAUUCCGUAUUCGGUUGGCUGCUGGUCGGGAAUGUCGGAUACGUAGAGCCUGAAGCACACUCGUUCUUCGUUCAUGAGGAGCCACAACUUCAUGAUGAGUUAAAGAAAUUAUGGCAGCUGGAGGAAUUGAGCGUUUUUCCUUCGAAACCUCUCACCGUCGAAGACGAGAGAUGCGAGCAAAUCUUCAAAGACCUUCAGGUAAGAGAUCCCGCUGGUCGAUACAUUGUAUCUUUGCCUUUCAGAAACGAAGAGCACGAGACUACCUUUCCCGGAUCUCGUGAUACAGCUUUGAGGUGCUUUCAUUCAAUUGAGAAACGCCUCCUCAAGAACAUGGAGUUGUAUGAAAAAUACUGUGACUUCAUGAAGGAAUAUCUCGAUCAGGGUCACAUGAGCCUUGUACCGACUGAAGAAUUGAGUAUCGGAAAAUACUUCAUUCCUCAUCAUUUUGUACUCCGUACGGAGAGCAGCACUACUCCUCUUCGUGUUGUAUUCAACGCCUCCGCUAAAGAUGCGAGAGGACUAUCGUUAAAUGAUGUGUUGCUCGUAGGUCCUAAAUUGCAAACGAAUAUUGUUGAAAUUCUUCUAAAAUUCCGCGUUCAUGCUGUUGUUUUUACCGCAGACAUGAAACAAAUGUACCGACAAAUUCUCAUUCGAGCGUCUGAUCGUGAUUAUCAGCGCAUCUUCUGGCGAUCUAAUGUGGACCAACCCGUGCAGGAAUAUCGUCUUAAUACCGUGACCUACGGCGUGUCUUCCGCACCUUUUCUCGCAUGCCGUACUGUCAAACAGCUGAUUCAUGAUGAGGGUGGUGACUUUCCACUUGCGAGUCAAGUUUUGGGAUCUGAUGUUUAUGUCGAUGACAUAAUAACUGGUUUUAGUAACGUUCGUAUGGCUCAAAAUGCGAAAACUCAAAUAAUCGAACUUUUGAAAAAGGGACAUUUCGAACUCAGAAAAUGGGCUAGUAAUGUACCUCAGUUACUCUCUGAUUUACCACGAGAAUAUUGCUUAACCGAUCCUGUAUCCAUGGAUGUUGACGACAACCCUACUCUCAAGGUAUUAGGUCUUAAGUGGGAUCCUUGUAAUGAUUCGUUCCUUUUUUCAGUAACUCCUCAGCAUAAGAAAUGUUCGAAGCGUAACAUUCUUAGCGAGCUUGCACGUAUAUACGAUCCACUUGGCUUCCUGUCGCCAUUAAUUUUGGUGGCAAAGGUGUUGGUUCAGCGCCUCUGGAUCCUUGAGAUAGGUUGGGAUGAAGACCCUCCCGAUAAUAUAGUCCAGUUUUGGUCUCGAUAUCUUGAACAAUUACCAUUGUUAGAAUCGUUACAGAUUCCCCGUUUGUUUGCUGGACAGGAUUGUAUUUCUUGGGAGUUACAUGGCUUUUCAGACAGUUCGGAAACAGGUUAUGGUGGUGUGAUUUAUUUACGAACCGUGAACGCUGAGGGUAACAUUCAGACCUUCUUUGUUUGUUCAAAAGCGCGAGUCGCACCUACAAAAUCCACUUCCCUUCCUAGGUUGGAGCUUUGCGCUGCAGUUCUUCUUGCCGACCUGCUGAAAUUUGCCAUGGAUGUUUUCUCAUCCCGGUUAACAUUUACCGGUGUUUUCGCCUGGUCUGAUUCUACCGUUGUACUAGCGUGGCUUCGCUCUCACUCCUCGCGCUGGAAAACUUUCGUUGCGAAUCGCGUUAGUCACAUUCACGAAGUCAUUCCAGACGUUCACUGGCGCCAUGUGGAUUCCGAAGAUAAUCCGGCAGAUGUAGCUUCUCGUGGUCAGCUGCCAUCCGAUCUCGUCAACAAUAGCUUAUGGUGGGCGGGUCCCGCCUGGCUUCGCUCCCCUUCUGAGCAAUGGCCACAACUUGAAAUUAAUCCUAACGAGGACAUCCUUCAUUUUGAGGAAAAAGCUUUAAAACGUUCUUUACCUCCGACGAUGCGAAGAAUUCCUUUAUCGACACUCUUCUCAUUCGUUAUUCUUCGAUUCGAAAAAUACAGCAUAUCAUUUGUUGGUGGUUAA